AUGUGGAACAAUGGAAGGUGGAUGAAUAUCGGAGUAGAAGUUGUUUGCACAGGGUUCGUGAUCCAUGAAGAAUAUGAUGGUGCCUUUGGUUUCAAAAGUUGCCGGAGCACCUGUAGAAUCGGACUGGUUGCCAAUUUGGAUGAAAUCGCCAUCCCUAUGGUUCAGUCGGCCAAUUCACUCGUCGUCCUUGCCGUCGCGAAUCGCACAGCCGAGAGGACGUACCUCCUCUCGCCGGCGAUGUGCUCAUCCGGCCGGUUUUUUUUGAUGGCCGUGGGAUGCACUGGUUCGCGUGGCGGCGAUUCUCCGGUCACUGCACUGCUGUGCCGGCGGCGGCGAUUCUUCGACCGCUGUGUUUCUGUGUCGGUGGCGGUGAUUCUCCGGCGGUGGUAG